AUGGCUUCGCGGUGGAACGACUUCUGGGCGCCACAGCCUCCCGAGUGGGGCGUGGACGACGUCCCAGAUCAGUCGGGGAAGGUGUUUCUCGUCACGGGCGGAGACUCAGGACUAGGCCUUGCUCUCGCGAAGGUGCUUCUCGCACGAAAUGCGACGGUGUAUGUCACUGCACGCACCCAGGACGACGGGAGGCGGGUGGUGGACGCGCUAAGAAGGACGUCCGAGGCCGUGCGUCUCCUCGCGAUGGAUUUAGCGGAUCUGCACUCAGUGCGGAGGGCAGCGGGUGAAUACCUCAGCCGGGAGGCGAGGCUGCAUGUUUUGAUCAACAGCGCGUGGGGCAGCGAAGUCCGGACGCCUCCGAUCCAGUCGCUCACGCGGCAGGGCUACGAUCUCCAAUUCGGGGCGAACGUGCUCGGGCACUUCUACCUUACCCAGCUCUUGCUCCCAGUUAUGCUCGUGACUGCGAAGACGACGGGAGAGAAGGUGCGCGUGCUGAACCACACACUGGAUGGUAUAGGCCCGGCGCAGGUGGAUUAUUCGUCGUUGAUGAGGGGCCCAGUGAGGGCGCAAUGGUCGACGACGUCGCUGUACAGGCAGUCAAAGCUGUGUAAUUUACUAGUAUCGCUGGAACUGGCAGAACAGUACGGAGAGCAAGGGAUCUUGUCUAUUUCUGUGAGCACUGGGGCAGAUGUGUCGCUGCAGCGACGGACGUCUUACCUUUGGGAUAUCAUCUGGGGCGACGCUUCCAAAGCGCCAAUCGCGGCGCUCUGCGCUGCGACGAGCCCGAAGUGUGUUCGUCUCAAUGGACAGCUGCUCGGGCCUCUGGCGAAGGUCUUGGUGGUGUCUCCACAAGUUGCUGAUAAGUGUGCUCGAGACGACCUGUGGGACUGGCUCGAAGCCCAGACGAGCUGUUUUGAUCGCGUCACCAUCAAUUGUCAUUCGGUCUCAAGAGUAGACUUCGCUCAAGACGAAUUCGACGACGUGAAACUUGUAGCGCUGUGA